UCAGUCAAGCUCAUGCACAAAAAUUGGAAUAAUCUAUUUUGAUAUGAUCAAUCAUUUCUCACCUAAAUUAAUUAAUUAAUUAAUAUCCAAACCUUAUCAACCCAACACCCACACCCCCCCAAUUAUGACUACUCUCUCUUAAGGCAUUGCAUAUUUGAAGCUUUGCAUUCUAUCUUCCUAAAUCUUUCUCUUCUGUAACUUUGAUCUUUCUUUCUGUGCAACUGCAGCCAUGGCUCUUUUACCAAGAACCGCUUCACGUUUAGCCCCACUCUCCGUCCAUAAUUCAUCUCUUAUACACACAACAGUUCCAACCCUUUACUCAUCAUCAUCCAAGUCAACUUCUCCAGUUACAUACGCUGGAUCAAGGAAACCGGCGACGCCAACGACUGGGUUGUCGAAGGUGGCAGAGUAUGCCAUAACAAAGGUGGAUGAUCUGGUGAAUUGGGCAAGGAGAGGUUCCAUCUGGCCCAUGACUUUUGGGCUAGCAUGUUGUGCAGUUGAGAUGAUGCAUCUUGCAGCUGCUAGAUAUGAUAUGGAUAGGUUUGGACUCAUUUUCAGACCCAGCCCAAGACAAUCUGAUGUUAUGGUUGUGGCUGGAACUCUAACUAAUAAGAUGGCUCCUGCUUUAAGGAGGGUUUAUGAUCAAAUGCCGGAGCCAAGGUGGGUGAUCUCUAUGGGCAGCUGUGCCAAUGGAGGUGGCUAUUACCAUUACUCAUACUCUGUGGUUCGCGGCUGCGACCGGAUUGUCCCUGUAGACAUUUAUGUGCCUGGAUGCCCGCCCACAGCCGAGGCGUUACUCUAUGGAAUUUUGCAGCUGCAGAAGAAGAUCAACAGGAGGAGGGAUUUUCUUCAUUGGUGGACCAAGUGAAACAAGGUCUCCAAUUUAUGGCCCCGGUAACCUUUCUCCCGAUCUGUAUCGCCUACUGCCUAGUUUGCACAAGCUUGGAUGUAAUGGGUUGGACAGAACUUGUCGCUGGUCCUCCAUGCGUGCGUUGUAUGUAAGUUUAUAUAUAGGGUGGGAGAACUUUUUUACCGGGUCAUGAACCUAUGAUCCCACUGAAUGGUGCUUUAGCAGAGCGAAUAAUACAGUUGAAUAAUAUUUGCUGACUUGUUUUGAAA